AUGUUUGAUGUCAGUCUUAUUCAUCGGGAGGUUCAUCUUCUCGCCCUCCUGACCAGCCUUUAUUUCUUCGCCAUCACACCUUGGACAGGCGGACAAAAGCAUGAUGCUAAUGUAUGCAAGCUCAUAGUGACAAACACUACCUGUGCCAGUCACAUUGGGAGUUGUCAGUGUCACACAAACUCAUCAGAAGGUCGAGUUGAAUACAUCUUUCAGAAGAAGUUUCAGGUAAACGACAGCGGCGAGUGGGUCUUUGAAGUUUGGGAUAAAGAUGUCAAGACCUCUGUUUACAUCACUGUACAAGAGGUUAGCACCACCACUACCCUGGGUCAGGAAGCCACCCCUAUACCUCACAAACACACUACUACCCGCCAGACAAGAAGCACAGCGAGAAGCGACAGCAGGACGUUACAUUCAUACAGCGUCACAGUCGCCAGUGACGUAACUACAGCGCCAUACAUCAGCGGCUCGGUGCCAUUCGUCACCACUGAUUUCACGUCACAGCAGGCAUCAUCCACGUCACCAGGGUCCACGAUUCAGAAGAUCCUUCAAACUCUCCACAAUGACACCUUUGUCAUUAUUUCCCUCGUCAACGGCUUAGUGUGCGUGAUUAUCAUCGUCGCCGUCAUCUUGACGAUCGCCCGCCGACGGAGGCGCUUCAGGAAGAGGAGGGAGGCGAGGGCGAGAGUGAAACGUGAAUUUGAUGAUAUUUUGCCUUAUGAGGACGGAAACACUGAGAUUGAAGAGCACCCCCUGCCAGAAGUGUCCAGAAGAAAAGGUCGCUCGUCGUUGUUGCGUCGAGCCUACGACGCGGUCAUCUCCGUGAGAUACGAGCGACCCUUCCACAACAUCAUCACCAGCUUCCACAACUCCCACAGAUCCUCCAACCACCACAACCCCUACGACAAGCAGUUUCAGGACAAGCGGGUCUCGACAAGCGGCAUGAGUGGCGACGAUCCCGUCAUCUAUGCCAACACCCACGUGGACCUUAUGGCGAGUCUGGCCUCAGGAAACGACUCUCCAGAUGGCUGCCCUCCUCUUCCUAAGAAGUCUUCCUCCAGGUCAGGAGACCAAGCAAUAUACAAAGUCCCUAAAGGGACGUCAGCCGUUGACUCAAGCUCGUUAUCAAGAGAACCAAAGUUACCUCCCGUGUCCGCACUGCAAGCAAACAGAGCACAAGCAAAUUUUCUAAAGUCUCCUGCAGAUUACUCAAGCUGCUAAGGACUUCAUGAAUGAGUGAAAGGUAACCAAGACAACACUGCAUGGGGUCUACUCAGCUAGUGAUGUUGUGAAGAUGUGCAGACACCUUGCUGAUAAAGAUGCACCUCGGACAGACUUUUUACCCUGUGACAAAUUUUGGCUGUCCAUCGCCAUCCACUGUCAAUGUUUCCAUUGAAAAUACUCGAUACCCAUUGUAUAACGCGGUCUGUCUAAUGAUUCUAAUCAUUCAUCCAAAUCCUCUAAACUAUACAAAUUUUGCUGGAGAGAUAUCCACAAUCCUAUUUCUCUUAAUUGUUAAAUAAUCUUAAGAAAUAUAAUUAAUAAAACAGUAAAAAAGCUCAAAGCCUGUCAGUC